GACACACUCGAAAAAACGAAAACCUUUCAAACUGACAGAAAACAGUCUCGGUGGAACUCUGCAUAGAAAAUUGAAUUUUACAUUAAGUGCUAAAGUGUUUUUUUUUAUAAUUUCUUCUUUAUUUGCAUCGAAUAUUUCGUUAGAAAUACUCAACAAAUGGCUUCAUAUAUCUAGCUAAAAAAUGAAAUACUUUAACAUCAUAACGAGUGCUCGAAAUGUAUGGAAAUUCUUUAUUUAUUCACUGUUCCUGAGUAAGUUCGUCAAAAGUGAAAAAGAUGUUCCGGGAAAGAAUGAACAAUUACCAUACUGUGGAUCCGACAAUAAUAAUCCAAGGGACACCAGUCGUAGGCUUCUAUUCGUUUCAACGCUAGAUGGAAGAUUAUCAGCACUGGACAUGGGCAACGGCACUUUGGAAUGGUCGAUUCCAACAAAACCAGGCCCAAUGCUGUCAUCAAGCAUUCACAAUUAUGAGAUGGGACAGAAUUUUCAAUCCGUUCGCAUGAUACCAUCGUUGAACGGUAACUUGUACAAAUUUGACGGUGAAGACAUCGAGCAGUUACCGAUUACUGCUGACGAUUUGCUACAAUCGUCAUUUCAAUUUCCCGAUGAGUUAGUGUCGAAUCUUGUCAUAUCCGGUGGCAAGGAAACCAGAUCCUACGGUGUAUCGGCUCGAAACGGACGUGUUAUGUACGAAUGUUCCAUUAAAGGUUGCAAAGACACAAUCGACUACGACAACGAAAUUGAUCAAUACAAUGGACCAUACGAAAUCGGACACGAACAGCAUGAUCCGCAACUGGACGAUAUCAUAGUCGUUCGGCGUGAUACACAAACCGUUCGAGCCUUCGAACCGAUCAGUGGCGGUGAGCGCUGGAAUUUCAGUGUCGGAACACAUCAAUUGGAAUUGCUGAAAUCGGGCGAUUGCCAUAAUCGACCGUAUAGUGAACGUGAUCAAGUGCUGCUGGAUUUGGAGUUGAAAGUGAUUGUACCGGAAGGUAUUAUUUGUGCCGUUCACAAGCACACACCGAACACUGUUCUGUGGCAAUAUAAGUUCAGUCAUCCGAUAGUGAAUGCGUGGAAAAAUUCCCACGACGAUCUGGUGAAAUUGGAUCUGUUCAGCUACACCCAUUUGCCGUUCGGUAUCAAUACAAUGGACGGAUUGGCGCCGGCCGUUUAUGUAGCCAUGUACGAAAAACAGUUGUACAUUCAGGAGUCGGACGAAGUGAAACCAUUUGCCGAAAUGAAAAAGUUAAAAUAUUUGGAGUCGCAGGUGAAAAUUCCGUGGAAACCUUUCUCGAUAACAUCGUCCGAGUUUGCGAUGAUCGAAGGUUCGAUACAGAGCGAGGAUCAAGACGAAUCGGAUGUUACGGCCUUGUCCGUGUUACAGGGAUCGGAAUAUGUGAACGGCAACGGUUACUAUCUAUUCUCUCACGUAAAGCCGAAGAGGCCUAUGAUUUGUGACAGCAAUUCGACGAAGUCAACAGAUGAUGACGAGGAAGCAAAUGCACUACCGGUGCCUGUUGAUGAUGAUACGCCAGCUAUGUUGAUAGUUUCGUUGUGGUUCUGGUGGAAGGAAAUCCUCGUCAUAUCCUUGACUACCGCGCUAGUACUCAACGUGAUGCUCUCGCGACGACUAUCCAACGAACGGGAAGUUGUUAUCGUAGAACGUCACGUUGAAAUCAAAGUUCCAGUCACACCCGACGUAGCGGAUGACGAAAUUCUAACUCGGCGCAGCAUAUCCGAAUCCACAAACAAUGACAAUUUUGUGUCGCGCUUCCAGGACGACUUUGACAUGGUACAAUGCUUGGGCAAGGGCGGAUUCGGUGUCGUGUUCGAAGUGAAAAAUAAAUUGGACGAUUGCAAGUACGCCAUCAAACGUAUCGUGCUGCCGAAUCGGCAAGAGUCCAGGGACCGUGUGAUGCGAGAAGUUAAGACGCUGGCUCACUGUGAACAUCACAAUAUUGUGCGCUACUUCCAAGCCUGGGUGGAAACGCCGCCACCGGGAUGGCAAGAGAAAGAAGACAAAAUUUGGAUGGAUCGCGAAGCCCUAUCACAUUCCAUUGACAUAGAUUCACCAUCGGAAUUGUCACCGCCACCAUUCCCCGUUGCCGACAGCACGAGUAAGGUUUUCAGCGAAGUGAUCAAUCAGAAAAACAAAGGACUCGACUCGUGGAUCUCGAAUCUGAACACGAACGAGUGCAUCAAUUUCGAUGAUUUCAAUCGCAAGACAUCGUUUAACGUAACCACCGACAAUGACGACAGCUUCAUUCAAUUCCGCGAUUAUACGAACAGCAAAUUAUCCGACUCAGUGUUUAAAAGCAACAGCAAGAGCGCAACUAGGUCUAUUGACGAUUCAUCGGGAGUUGCCGAAGUCGACGACAGUGACAGUAGUGAUUCCUUUCAAAUUGAGUUUAAAGAACCGACAAUUAGCAAUGGCUGCAACGGUCAUUCGUCGACCAACGAUGACUCAUUCCGAAUCGAGUUCCGAAGUCCAUCGCUUAGCGGCCGAAAGCAGAGAACUUAUUCGGUUAACGAGGAAUGUCUGAACGGGUUGUUCAAAGAAAGUGCGGGAAGCUUCAAUACGAAGGCCAUCGAUUCGGUGGACUCGGCAACAAGCAAUAACAAAGUGGUGCCUUUCCGCAAGACACAUCGACGUCCAAUGUCAUUGGAUCUGAGCAGUCGGCGCAGCGUACAGUUUUUACAUCCGAACCGAGUAUAUCUGUACAUUCAGAUGCAGUUGUGUAAGAAGCAAAGUUUGAAGGACUGGCUGAGAUUGAAUUCACUGGAUAUGAGGCAGCAGCAGAUUGUGCCAAUUUUCAAACAAAUUGUCGAAGGCGUCGAAUACUGUCAUCUGAAAGGAUUGAUCCAUAGGGAUCUGAAGCCGAGCAACAUUUUCUUCUCACUGGACGGGCAAAUUAAGAUCGGCGACUUUGGCCUGGUCACUGACAUGUCGGACAUACCGAACUCACCGUGCGGUGAUCUUAACGGGAGUUUUCUAACGCGUGUCAAGCACACGGAACAAGUUGGAACACACCUGUAUAUGUCACCAGAACAGAUAGAGGGACGCCAGUACAACUACAAAGUGGACAUCUACUCCCUUGGCCUAAUAUUCUUCGAAUUGCUGGUAGUAUUUUGCACGGAAAUGGAACGUAUCGAAACGUUAAAGUCGUUACGAAUGAGCCGCUUUCCAUCCGAUUUCCAUUCGUCUUUCCCGGAUGAGUUCAAACUACUCAAACUGAUGCUGUCAGAGUCACCGUUCGAACGUCCCACCACCAUUGGCAUUCGAUCGCAUGCGCCGUUGAGCGAAAACACAUCCACCGAAUGGCAUUUCGAUCUGCCACCUCGUCGACGUGAUAGUCAUGUUAGCAGCGGCUUGAGUAGUCACAGCUCAAGCGAUAUUCCGACCAGUCAAUCUAAACAGUCUAUUUAGCAUUAAGAUGAAUAAGUAAAAUGUGAUCGUGAGACAUAGAAGCGAAUAGCGAUAUGGAUGUGAGCUAUGAUCCGAUUGUGCGUCCUGUAAUAAGUGAUAGUAUUUCCGUAAUUUACGUAGGCUACUCAAUGUGUGUGUGAAUUGUGUGAAGCAUGAAUGCAGUGUGAAUGUAAGUACACUAAAUUGUAUUAUAAAUGAAUCUAGGAUAAUGUUAUCGUAGUUUUUACUAAAAUAAAGUGCAAAAAAAUGAAGCAAAUGCAGCAAAGGGUUUUCUUGGCAAUAAAUUUGCUGUGACAAUUCCCA